GCUUGCGCAGGUCGACUGCUGUUCAUCAGCAGUUCGGUUUCCGUCCGUUCUGUUACAUCGUUAUUGUUCCGGUCCAGAGCAUGGUUUCCUCGGACUUUCGCUGGGGAGUAUCUCUUCUUCUUGCCAAGACGUUUUUGUGGGCGGCAAGUUACCAGCGGGUCUCAGCACCGCCACCGUCAUUUCCUGGCUGAAGCGGCGUGUGUGAUCGUCGUAGCUCUAGUGAUGGGCUGUUGCGAUAGCGAUGGGCCUGUCAAUUUCAGUAUGUUGAGGAUGCCUGACAUCGUGGCAGUAGAUUUCUCCAGCCCGUGGUUUUGGGGACCGGCCAUCCUCAUGUACUGUGGACCCUUUGUGAAGCCGUGUGUGUGUGUUUGGGAGCACAGAGGGUACCACCUGCGACGUCUGCUUGGCGACACGGGUAUGAUGAGGGCCGUGGCCAUGCUGACCCUGCUGGCCCAUCUGGCAACUGUGUUCAGCUUCUACCACGGAACAGGUCACCAUCCUCAGGCGGAACUACUGCGGAGCAAUGAGGUUCUAGUGGUGGGCUACGUCCAUCUGUUCUGUUGUCUGUGGUUCCUGGUGCAGGCUUACUCCUCUUAUGGAUGGAGGGCUGUGUUGGGAGACACGCCAGCCUGGCUGGUUUUCUCUUCGCCAUGGUCCUGGCAGUGGCCCACUUCCUGGCAUUCCGUCUUGAAAGGUCUGCUCUUCAAGCUCCCAAGGAGAAAUCUGUACGCUCCGUUGGUGGCGGUGGUGGUGGUGGGGGGGGCAUGCUGGAGACCUUUUGGACGUAUUUCUCAAAGGGGACAAAGCAGGCUAAACGAGGGAGAAGGAAUUAGUUAGAAUGAGCGAGAGAAAGAACACAGUUGAAACGGGACGUCGGAAGAGUUUUUUUUUAUGCACCCCGCAUAAUUUAGCAAAAUUUCAUCAUUUUUUGCAUAAUUUCUGAUUAUUUUCCUUCCUCAUUCUCUUGUUUAACCUAGAAUCGCAUAAUAUUACAUUUUUUGGGCUCAGUUUGCAUAAUUUCAGAAUUUUUCUUGCAUAAAAC